AAAAAAGGAGAGCAAACCGAUCGUAGAACUAGUAGUUCAGGCAAACAUGAAAAAAGAGAACGGCGGCCAACUAAGUCGGAACGCAAUCGUCAUGGUGGGCGCUUAGCUUUAGUGUUUUUGCGCGAGUUAAGUAUAUCGGAAUGAUAAGAGUGUGGCGCUAAAAUUGGCUCGAUGUCGCGGUUUUUGACUACUGAAAAAGUUCAAAUUGUCUGAAACGACAAUGAGGCGGAACGUUAAGAUUAUGCUCGCCUUUACGGUGGUGUGGAUGUUUGUUAUUAUUUAUUAUCUUCCGAGGGUGUCAAACGAUGGCAACAAGACUGAAAAUCGAGCUCUGAGACUGAAAGAUGAAUUCCUUCCCGUAGAAAAUCUAAGUCCUUCUAUCCCACCAGCUUACAACACCAACAACCACUAUGAACUUCCAUCGGCCGAAACAAAUUUUCCGAUGGCAUCUCAGUUUACGGAAACUACAGACGGCAGAUUAUCGUGGAAUUAUUUCGACGAAAGCGGAUACAUUGCCAGAGGCGGAUUGAGGAAAGGAGAGGAUCCUUACAUGAGGAAUAGGUUUAAUCAGCAAGCCAGUGAUAGUUUACCUAGUAAUAGAGAUAUUCCUGAUACAAGAGAUCCAGCAUGUCGCAAACGACAUUGGAAAACCAACCUCCGAGCUACAAGCAUAAUCAUAACAUUCCAUAAUGAGGCCAGAUCGACUUUACUCAGAACAGUAGUGAGUGUCCUAAACAGAAGUCCAGAACAUUUAAUCCACGAAAUAAUCUUAGUGGACGAUUACAGCGACAAUCCUGCCGAUGGUGAAGAACUGGCCAAAAUCCAAAAAGUAAAAGUCUUACGCAACAACAAACGUGAAGGCCUAAUGCGAUCCCGGGUAAAAGGUGCGGACGCCGCUACAGCAACUGUCCUAACAUUUCUAGACAGCCAUUGCGAAUGCAAUGCCAAUUGGCUGGAACCUUUACUGGAACGAGUCGUUGAAGACCCUACACGAGUGGUUUCACCAGUUAUUGACGUCAUCAGUAUGGAUAAUUUCCAAUAUAUCGGAGCCUCGGCCGAUUUGCGUGGAGGUUUCGAUUGGACCAUGGUUUUUAAAUGGGAGUUUUUGAGUAUGUCACAACGAGAGGCUAGAAGACGGGAUCCCACCAAAGAAAUUAAAACUCCAAUGAUUGCUGGAGGGCUUUUUGUUAUAGAUAAAGCUUAUUUUGAUCGAUUGGGCAAAUAUGAUAUGCAAAUGGAUGUUUGGGGAGCGGAGAAUUUCGAAAUUUCUUUUAGGGUUUGGCAAUGUGGAGGCAGUUUGGAGAUUAUACCUUGUAGUAGGGUCGGACAUGUAUUUAGAAAAAAGCACCCUUAUACAUUCCCGGGAGGCAGUGGGGUAGUUUUUGCCAAAAACACCAGAAGAACCGCUGAAGUUUGGAUGGACGAGUAUAAAAACUUUUAUUAUUCCGCUGUACCUUUAGCAAGAAAUGUACCUUUUGGAGACAUAAGUGAACGAAUGGACAUACGUCGCAAUUUGCAAUGCAAAUCAUUCAAAUGGUACUUAGACCACAUCUAUCCGGAAUUAGCAGUACCAUCUUCGAUUCCUAGACCAGGAGAAAUCAAACAAGGGGCCUAUUGUUUGGACACUUUGGGACACGUACUAGAUGGUACUGUUGGAAUUUAUCAGUGUCAUCAUACUGCAGGUAACCAAGAUUGGACUCUAACAAACGACGGCCUACUGAAACACCAAGACCUCUGCCUUACCCUGAUAAGUUUCAACAAAGGCUCGCAGCCCAUAAUGCGAAUCUGCGACGGUUCCGAAUCCCAAACCUGGCAAAUGAUCAAUCCAGGUGGCCUAAUCAGACACACCAAAUACCCAUUAUGUCUGGAUACACGAAACAAUGAAAUCAGAGGAGGAAUUACGUUGGAGAGAUGUAAUAGUGGGUUUGAGACUCAAAAAUGGAGAUUAGUUUCCAUUGUAUAAUAAUGUGCACAGUUUUGUUUUUUUGCUUAUCAGCUGUACAUAAAUACAGGGUAAUAAGAUGAGCAACAUUUUUUUUUUUUGAGUCAAAAAGCAAUAAAUAAAAACACAAUUUGUUGAAUAAAGUUGAUAAGCAAAAAAAUAUAAUUACAUUCCAAAAUGGUGCAAUUUUUCUAGCCCAGGAAGGAAAUCCUGUCUCUAUAAGGACCGGUUUAUCAGUUGAUAGUUAUUGGUUAACUGACAACUACUAAACUAGAUAGGUAACCGUUCCUAAGAGAUAUUUCAAUUAUAGUUACCAAAUGAUUUAUAUUAUACAUUAAUUUUGGCUGCUUUUAUGAUAUUUAGAAGCGCCUUAUAGAGGUUGUGUUUAGAGCAAAUAAUAUAAGAGAUUUAUUAAAUAGGUCUGUUUCUGCAGAAAUCACAAAUCAGUCAGAGUGAAUUUCAUUGGUCGAAACUAGUUUUCAACCAAUGAAAUUCGCUCUGAUUGGUUUGUGAUUUCUGCAGAAACAGACCUCAUAAUUAUUAGCAAACAUCCUUUAAACUUAGUGCCUCCAAAAUUAAGCUUUUAUUCCAUAAAUUUCACAGUAUGUACAAAUAACACAAAUGAAGAACAAGCUAAAUGUUAAUUGAUCAAAUUUGCUCAAUUUUUGGAUAAAAAGUCAAUUUUUAUUUAGUCUCAGUCCUAAAAAGGAAUUGCAAAAUGUUAAUCAAGAACUUUACUUGAAGUAUCUUGUAGCACAAACAUAAUAUUUUGAAACAUAUGUUUUCACACUAUUGGACAAGCUCUCAAAUUGUAAAACUUUGAUUCUCACUUUAGUAAUAAGUAUAAAUGUAAAUAGCCCUUGUAGAUAAGUAUAUUAUUCUAUACCCGUAAAUGUUAGAGAAUUUUUUUAUGAAUCUUAAAAAUAGGUGCCCUCUCCUACUCCUAAGCAAAAACCAUAUAUUAUUGUAUAAGAACCCAAUGUUAUUGUUUAUUUGUUUUCAGUUUAUUAUUUCGUUUUAUUUUGUACCAAUAAAAGGCCAGUACUUAA